UUUAGUAUCCCUUUAAACUCUUCAAAUUUAGGAUUACUCAAAACAAAUUUUUAUAGCCAUAACAUUAAGAUUUCACUUUCAGGUUGGCAUUAUCACAUUCAAGAGAAGUGUGGAGCCCAACGAGCAUAUGUUUAGACUCAGUGCUCGGAACGAGAUUAAUAAAAAUAACAAUUGGGAAUUUAUAAAGCACAAUAUCUCAGCCAAAGGCGGACUAAUUGCGUUGAACAAUUUAACAAAAUUGUAACAAAGAUGUAGAACAAAGAACAAUGCGAGCACGAACUUCUACCUCCGUGAUGGGAGAACUCGCUGUUCCGGCAGUAAAGGGCGAUAACUGUAGAUUUUACGGUAACAGCUCUAGAGAAUAAAAUUAGUGACAUCAUUAGAAUAUUGGGAAGAUAUUAAGUAAUCUUGAAAAUAUGAAGAAUAUGUAUAUAUUUCUCGGUGACAUUUUCUCAUAUGAAAUUGCGAAGGGGUGAUCAUCACUUCAGUUUAGUCAGUGCAACUCCAGGUCGCUGCCGGAGCGAGUGACGCAUGGCGGAGUGGAAUCACACCAAUAGAUUCAAACAGUUCCAACUUCAAAAAUAACAUUAUAUACAGACCUGUUGUAAGCAAGAAGUGGAAGAAAACGCAGCAGAGCCCCGUGUAAAUAUGAAAGUCCAACAUUUUUUAUCAAAAAUCGAAGCAUGACCACAAAACAUAAACAAAAUCAAGGAGAGGCAACCCUCACCCUGUUGGGCGAAGGGACAGAACUCUCACCAUAUAGAACUCGAUGUGGAAGUAGCAACUCGGGUAUUGUUUACAAGUACUGUAGUGGAACUAUCGUCGUGGUAGAGGGUAGAUGAUCGCACAGGCCUGCGACUUAUUUCAUCUUUGCUCUGAUGAGACUCAUCCUCAACAAUCCACUUUUGUGUUCGACUGCACGGGCCGGAGAGGAGAGCGUGGGUCCUAUAGACGUGUUGUUCCUGGUGCACACGUCUCUACUCCACUUCGAGGAUCGCAACCUUCUACGGAGCACUAUAGCAAACCAGUCUUACUUCCAUCCCUUCAAGCUUUUCAGGUGAGGAUACUGUUUCUACUAGGCCUGCCCACAAACGACGCAAACAGUACGGUACAGAGCCUCAUCGAGUUGGAGCACAAGAAAUAUGGAGACACUCUUCAAGGGGACUUCAUCGACACCUACAACAAUCUGACGCACAAAGGAGUCAUGGGGUACCGCUGGAUCACCCAGUACUGUCCGCACGUGCGACUGGUAGCUAAGAUUGACGAUGACGUGUUCGUCGACACUUUUAAGUUGCUGCACAGGUUCUGGCCAGUGCUCUUCGUCGCCAAAUCUCGGGCCAUCUUCUGCAACGUGUGGCACAACAACACCAUGACCAUCCUUCGCGAGGGGAAGUGGAAGGUAAAUGAAGAAAAUCUGCAACAUUUCAAGUAUUUCCCCUGGAACUAUUGCAGCGGCAUGGCCGUGUUCAUCACCGGAGAUCUCAUACCAUUUUUGUACCGGGCUGCAUUCCGAACUCCUUUCUUUUGGAUAGACGACGUGUACUUAUUUGGGAUGCUUCCGGAUGUUGUCGGCAAUGUGACGUACUACGACAUUGGAUUUUCUAAGAACAUGUCACUUAAUAAUGAAGAAGCUCUUAAAUGCAUGAAAACACAAGGUAGCACGUGUCCUGUCGUCGUUACUAGCUCAAAUUUACAACUUUUUCCUGAAAUGUGGGAUGUGACAUACGAAAUCCAUAGAAGCCUUUGGAAAUUCGAGGCGACAAAAGUUGAAUAAUGCUACUGGCAUACUUAUUUAUAUAUUUAAAAUGAAAAUCAUAAAAGAACUAAAACGACCCCUUGGCAUUAGGGAGAAUACAAAAUGUUGUCAACGAAAAACAGAUCAUACUCUCAGCACUGGUCAUAUUCCUUUCAGUCUGUUUGUUUUACGGUGGGUUUUUUGGUUGUUGUUGUUUUUUUAAGCAUUAUCUUUAUGCGGUUACAGCUGCAGCGAAAAGAAUACUAACAAUGAAUCAGCAAUACCCGGUAUAUUAACCACAGUUACAUUGGACAUUUAAAACGUUCUCCUCCAAACUCAAAUGUAAUUAUACAAAAAGCAACAGUCCGGCCAACGCUGCCGUGUUUUGGAAGAAAUAAACACCUUCAAAAAUCCUAGAAAACGUAUUCAUAACUAUAUAAGAGCAAUUAAACAUACGAAAUCUUUAAGAGUGUGUGUUAGUGUGAGAGAGAGAAGGGACAAAGGAAAUUGUUGUUCUGUUGUUGUAAAUCCAGCUCCAUUCAUUCAGCAUAAAUAUCUAUUUCUCUCAAAACUUUUGUUUCUACAAUACCAGUUCCAUUGACUCACCUGGAAGUCCCAGACCGAGAUGGACUAAGCCAGAGUCCAGGUGCGCCUAGCGCCCAUGAAGGAAUUGGCUGUUUCUUGUGUAGGGAUUAGCUAGUCAGUGGAUAGGGGCCGGGAGUGAGGGGGAAGAGACAGGGUGAGCCAAAAGGGAACGUCCAGUGGAGGGUGUCAGAUGUUUUCUUUAUUAUCUGUGCUUAUUUUAGAAUGCUUCAGCACAUUGAAUGACUGUGAUCAGGUCUGUGUCGUAUGAGUGUGUAUUCUUCUUCUGAUUCGUUUUUGUUCCAUUUUUUUAGUUUUUUUUUAAGAACCUUUGUUUGCAUUGUCAACACGUGUGUGUUGUUUUGUCCACUGAGGAUCGGCUGGAGCUGAUGCUCGCAGCAGGCGAUAGAGUGAUUGCUGAACGUGUUGAGUACGAGUGUGUGUGAGAGUGUGUAUCGCCGGCACGCGACACAAAAUACUGCUUUUUGGCAUACCAGAGCAGCGGCGUAGGAACCAGGAGAGGAAUAAGCCAAGGAGGGCAGCCAACCCUCAAAAAGAUACCAAGGCAGGCAAUAUUUUGUCUUUUCCCUGGUCCGGUGCUUGAGAGGGUAACGGAAUAAGCAAACGUUACGCUUUUAAACAUCUAGUCCUCCAUCUAAAUAAAUCUACAAAAUAAAGAUAUUAAUCAAAGAAGACGCAGUGAUUUUUGUCAAAUUGAUUUGCAAUCCUAUGAUUAUAACAUUAAUUUGAUUAUUACUUGUUUCACUAUGUUUUUGCUAAUUUUAGUGAGAAGAAAAUUUUCACCAUCUCGAACUUCGAGCGUGUGGGGCCAUUCCGGUUUGUGUCUACGAUCUGUAGCACCGAGAUUUGCUUUUCAAUCACCAUUGCAGGAAUUCUGUACAAUUGUAUAUUAAUAAAGAAAUUAAGUGCCUACUAAACAGGAAAAAGCAUAAUAGAAGCAGAAACAAACUAUAAAAUAACUCAUAAGAAACAACACGCGUACAGCUACCUGGAUAGACACCAAUUUAUCGCCGAUUGUAAACAAUGCAAAUUUUUCCUUGAAAUUCAUUUUAUCUCACCUAAAUCUACAUCAGUAAACGUAAGAAUGUAUUUCAAAUGGAAGAAUAUACAAUUCCUUUCUGCUAGUUUAUUUAUGAGACUGAUUUAGUCACCGGAAAAUUCAGACGAAAACGCUGUGAUCGCAGUCGCACAUUCCAUCUCAAUACAUGACGAGUCUAUUUGCCAUACACGCUGUACAUAUUUUUCGGAGAAACAAUAAUAUAUGUGCAGUUUGCAGAACCUCUGAAACUAAAUUCAUCCGUGUCUGAACCAAACCUUACAAAUUUUGACAGGACGACGAUAUUUGUGCCUCAGUCAGUAUUGGAAAAAAUCGAACAGCGUAUAGUUUUCUGCGCACAUUUUUCACGCAUCUAAUUAUGAAAAAGCGGAAAGAAAAAAAGAGAGAGUUAAUAACUAACUUUUUUGC